AUUGUUUGCCUAUCUUUAUCUUAUAUAAGAAGCUCAAAUUAACAUACCCUUCUAGCACAAGCUACCAAUUAAUAUUCCCUUCACUAUCCCUAGCAACUUCUAAUUGAAGUUUCACAUAAUAUCCACUAUAUGGAAUUAGAUUUUGGCAUGGACUUUGAGGAUUAUUUUCCAUCCAUGAUUACACGUUUAGGGGCAGAAGGGUUUAUAGGUGAACUUUGCAAUGGGUUUCGUUUGCUUAUGGAUGUGAACAAAGGUGUUAUAACAUUUGAGAGCUUGAAGAUGAAUUGUUUCAUGCUUGGUUUAGAAGUGAGGGAUGAUGAGCUUGUUUGCAUGCUAAUGGAGGGUGAUUUGGAUGGAGAUGGUGCUUUAAAUCAAAUGGAGUUUUGCAUUCUCAUGUUUAGGUUGAGUCCAUGUUUGAUGGAUGGACCUAAAAUGUGCACCCAUCAAGGUGUGGAUCCUAUAUUAAUGUGAUGCAAAUCUUAUAUCUAAUUCACUCUCUCACUCUUUUAGCUAGCUUUUCUCUUAUUUAAUAGUAACAUAACAUUUGAUCCUUUUAAGAGAAUUGAGAGCUAGAAGAAGUUAGAGGAUAUGUUAUUGUAACACUUUUUAUAGGUUAAUGUUAGUAAGUUAAUUAUUAUGUUAGUGUUAGUUUACUUUUUGAAAAUAUUUUUUAGUUUUAAAAAUUUGUGUUAAUUUUAUUAUCUAACAAAUGAAAUAAAAGACUUUUGAAUUGAACAAUUGUUUGCAUUUUUAUAAACAACAAAAUUAUGUUUAAUAUUUUCAUAAAUGUAUCAUCUCAAAGGUUUAUUUUAACUUAGAAUGCAAACAAUUGUUCACUUAAAAAGUCUUUUAUUUUAUUUAAUAGUUAGUAAAAUUAAUAUCAAUUUAAAAAAUAAAACUAAAAAUAUUUUUACAAAGUAAACGAUUUAGUUUCGGAGUUUAAAUUCUAGAGAUCCAACUUAAAACUUUUUAUGCUCAUGUAUUUAUCAACUGAA